CCUCUCCCACUCGCCUCUGGACCUUGCCGAAACCCCCUUUCCAAACUCCUACUCCCGCAACCCCCUCCAGCGAUCCAUGGCGGCGGCGGGUUGGCUCCGGCGAGCGGCAUCGGCGGUGGCGUUGCCUCGCAUGCCGUCUGGGAUCACCCUCAUGCCGACCCCUCCCCCCGCUCCUCUCCCCGAGGCCCAGUCCCUCGUGCUCCCCGGCCUUGGCGCCGCCAUCGCCCCCGCGAUGGAACUCAUGGCCGUCCCCAAGAAGAAGAUCUCGAAAUAUAAGAGGGGUUUGAGAAAUGGGCCCAAAGCCCUGAAGCCCGUUCCAGUGAUUGUCCGUUGCAGGUGCUGCGGGCGAGUGAAGCUGCCCCACUUCUACUGCUGCAGCGGAGAAAGAGGGAACACCGGCGACUCGAGCUCAUAAAUGCCCUUCGACCCCUUGAGCUUGCAACAGGAAGCUGUGGCAGAGCAUCAUCAUAGUACAAUGGAAAUCCCCAGAUAUCCCUUUGUAUCCUGCUGCUUUCUCUUUGCGAGCAGUAAUCUAUGUAAGACUCUAGUUUGAUUUUCAUAAUUCCAUGGCGAACUUACUGGUGGUCUCUGCCAGUAGCGUGGGUGCUCUCUGA